UGGCUUGAACUUAAGCUUCAGAUUAAUAAGCCCUCUUGUCUCUUCCCAAACCCCAAGGAAAAAUCUCUCUCUCUCUCUCUCUCACAGGGGUGACACGUUAUAUAAACCCAGAGGGUUUCUCUGGUUCUGCACUGUGUGAUAUAGACAGAGAGAAAAAGAAGAAGAUCAUGAUGAUGAAGGAGGAGGGUGAGGAGGAGAUCAUGAUGAUAGGAGGAGGAAGCAAGAAUACAAGCUUCAGGAAGGGAAGCUUCAGGUUGGGAUCAGUGACUUGUAAGGACCAAACUGUGAUACGGCUCGGAAAUAUUGACACUCACAGACUUCUUCUUUCUGGAGAGAGGGAGAGUCAUCCUCACCUUCGAACCCUUCCUACCAACUCUCUCUCCUCCGGGCAGAUGAAAACCCUAACUGCUUUCUGUGACGCCAUCUUACCUUCCAUAAACGAUGUCGUCUUCCCCCUCGAUCCCUCCCACGACCCCCUCGCCACCUUCUUCCGUACCUCCGCUUCCAUGGCUGGAACUCACCUCCGUGUCGGGGGAAUAAUGAGUGAGAAACUGAAGCACCCAAACACGGAGUUGUUGAAGUUGGUGCUUGGGCUCAUGUCAACUUGGGUCGGCACAUUGAUACUGUGUGGCCUACCCAGCGUCUCUCUCCGCUUCCCUUUCUUCCACGCCGCGCCUCGCCUCCCUCUUCAUAAACGACACCGUAUCCUCGACUCCUGGUUCUCCAGUUACUUCCGUCACCUCCGCAUGCUCGCCCGUACCCUCAAGGUCCUCACUCUCCUAACUUUCUUCACUCAGCUAGAUGAAGCAGGAGAAAACCUUGCAUGGAAAGCAAUAGGAUACACUGGACCCGACCCGGAAUUCAAAGCCCAGUUGAAGAACCAUUUCCUGCACGGAACAUCAUCGGAACCCGAAGGCCAAGACCCGAAACGAGGAGAUCAUGGCGAGGAAGACGAUGCUGAAAAGGUUGUGGGACCACUAUACAAGGGUCUUGUCCACAUGAACUGCCCACGAGACAUCACCAUUGAUGCUCUGCGACGUCGAGGAUUCCCCGUCUCCGUCUUUCGCCGGAAAAACAAAGCCCCAACCUCAUCAUCUCCUUCCUUAGUCAUCCAAUGCGAUGCAGUGGUCGUCGGUUCCGGCUCGGGAGGCGGUGUAAUCGCCGGGGUUCUAGCAAAAGCUGGCUAUAAAGUUCUGGUCUUGGAGAAAGGAAGCUAUGCCGCAAGAAACAAUCUCAAUCUUCUUGAAGGACCGAGCAUGGAUCAAAUGUAUCUUUCUCAUGGCUUGAUUGCUACCGAUGAUAUGGGCAUGUUCAUACUAGCGGGAUCAACUGUUGGCGGAGGAUCUGCAAUUAACUGGUCGGCUUGUAUCAAAACUCCGAGACAUGUUUGCAAGGAAUGGAGCCGACAACACAGGCUAGAACUUUUCGAAAGUAAAUUAUACAGAGAAGCCUUGGAUGUUGUAUCAGAGAAGAUGGGAGUUCAAUCUGAAAUCACAGAAGAAGGUUUCAACAAUGCUGUUCUAAGACGAGGUUGUCAAGAAAUGGGUUACCCGGUGAGCACCAUCCCUCGGAAUUCUCCACCUGAUCAUUACUGUGGCUGGUGUGGUAUGGGCUGUAAGGAUGGGAAAAAGAAAGGCACAUCAGAAACAUGGCUGGUGGAUUUAGUUAAAUCUGGUAAUGGAGCUAUUCUUCCGAGCUGCACGGCGAUUAAAGUGGUCCACAAGAAACAAAAAGGCAAAGAUCGAAGAAUAGCACAAGGAGUACUGUUUGAGUAUGAAUACAGAGGAGUUAAGGAUAUCUGUAUGGUUGAAUCCAAGGUUACUGUUGUGGCGUGUGGAGCUAUCUGUACUCCAGAAUUGCUCAAAAAAAGCGGCUUGAAAAACAAGAACAUAGGAAGACACUUGCAUCUUCAUCCAGUAACAAUGGCUUGGGGAUACUUCCCAGACACACCCUCUUGUGAUUCUGAUGAGGUGUGGCCUGAACAACAUAAGAAGAGCUAUGAAGGAGGGAUCAUGACAGCAAUGUCAACUGUAGUUGCAGAUUUUGAGAAAUCUGGAUAUGGUGCUGUGAUACAAACACCAGCAUUGCAUCCUGGUGUGUUCUCUCUUCUAAUGCCUUGGGUUUCUGGGACCAACAUAAAGGAAAGAAUGCGCAGGUUUUCGCGAACAGCGCAUGUAUUCGCGUUGGCCAGAGAUCAAGGAUCAGGGACUGUGAGGUCUGAGAGCAACAUCAGUUACAAGAUGAAAGACAUUGAUGAGAAGAAUCUGCAGAAAGGGAUUGAGAAGGUGCUGAGGAUUCUUGCAGCAGCUGGGGCCGAGGAAAUUGGGACACAUAACGAAGGAAGGAGCUUGAAUGUGAAGAAGGUGAACUAUCACGAGUUGGAGAAGUUUGUGAAGGAAGAGAGUUCAAGACCAAUGAGAGAUCUUUCAACCCCAUUAUGCUCAGCACAUCAGAUGGGGAGCUGCCGGAUGGGCGCGAAUCCCAAGGAAUCCGCGGUGGACCAGAUGGGAGAAACAUGGGAGGUGGAGGGACUUUAUGUGGCAGAUUCAAGUGUGUUCCCAACAGCUUUGGGCGUGAAUCCAAUGGUCACUGUUCAGGCUAUUGCUUAUUGCACUGCACAAUCUGUGCUUGAAGUUCUUAGAAGGAAGAAAUCUAGGUGAGGAGAACAAAACAAAAUAUCAUCUUCUUGUGAGUUGUAAUGCUGUAGCUCAUUGGUACUGAGUCCAUUGAGCAGGAAAAGAACAAUGUCCCAAUAAAAUUGUUUCAGAUAAACAGAAUGAUCAUCCUAAUUGAUGUGAUGACUUCUAAUGAAAUGUCAGAUUGAUAUUUGGCACAA